AUGUCGCAUGCUUCAUGGAAUAGGCCCGGCGCCCAUUCCGACCGUGUGCUCGACGAUGACUCGCUCGACGAUCUAGAGAGCUCUCUAGACCAGGCCCUCCAUACGGCCUCUUCCAACUAUUACAACUGGCUGCAUACACGUCCGUCUACUGGCGAACAUCAGGGCUCGUUCUCCGGCGCGAUCUCUCUUUCGUCGAUUGGAAGCGCGAGAAACAGCACGCUGUAUAUGGAUCCCGAAUCAGAUGCAAGUCUACUUCUAGCUCGAGACUCAUCCAAUGGGGCCGAAGGCCUAAAUCGCGUCGACGCUGCGUCGUAUCUUGAUUCUCCUGGGCCUUUGAGACGAUUGGGCCGGCUGUUGCUAUUUUCGCUCAAUAAUUUCGCCCGUCAUCUGGCUUGGGCCUACUCGACCGUGUCAGGGGAGAUAGUGCGUGAAUUGAGGCGGAUGUCUUCUAAAAAGGGCCCUGAGGAUGAGGGCUUGGGUGAUGAAAGGUAUAUUUCGCCUAGAAAUCAAGCGCAUCGCUCCUACGUGUCCAACGCAGUAUCUAACGCGAAGUACAAUCCAGUCACAUUCAUUCCUGUCAUUCUCUAUGAGCAGUUCAAGUUUUUUUUCAACUUGUACUUCUUGUUGGUAGCAUUAUCGCAGAUAGUUCCGCAGCUACGAAUCGGGUUCUUAUCGUCGUACAUUGUUCCGUUGGCCUUUGUGCUUGCUGUGACCAUGAUGAAAGAGGCUAGCGAUGAUAUUGCGCGUCGCCGCCGUGAUCUAGAGCAAAAUAAUGAACUUUUCGAAGUCUUGAGUCGCUCAACUACCGUUGGGCAGGAUGUCACUCUCGUCGCCCUGAAGAAUUUGAAAGUAGGUGAUCUCGUCAGACUACAUAAAGACCGUAGAAUUCCCGCUGACAUGGUGCUCAUUCAAUCUUCCGACGCAAGUGGUGAAGCAUUCAUCAAAACUGAUCAAUUGGAUGGUGAAACUGACUGGAAACUUCGCGUUGCUUGCAAUGCAACCCAAAUCAUCACAGACUUGUCCAGACUCAUACAUGACACUUCCUUAAUCGUGGGAAAGCCUCAAAAAUCAAUCCAUACUUUUAGCGGAAAACUUCUCUUGCAUCAAACAGGCGCCACCAACAAAAUUGUACCCUUGUCUGUCGACCAAACAUUGUGGGCAAAUACUGUUUUGGCCUCUGGAACCGCCAUUGGUAUGAUCGUAUACACUGGUAUCGAAACUCGGCAACAGCUUAACACAACAAUGACCGGCGUUAAGACUGGUCUUCUCGAAAAUGAAAUCAAUGGCAUUUCGAAAAUCUUAUGUAUCAGUGUCUUUCUUCUAUCUGUGGGUUUGGUACUAGGUCAGGGCUUUCCACUCAAGAAAACUUGGUACAUUGACAUUUUGCGAUAUCUCAUUUUGUUCUCCUCCAUCAUUCCGGUUUCUCUUCGUGUCAAUUUAGAUCUUGCAAAAUCUGUGUAUGCUUCCCAAAUUCAGAAAGAUAAAGAUAUUCCAGAUACUAUUGUGCGCACGUCCACAAUCCCAGAAGACUUAGGAAGAAUCGAAUACCUACUCAGUGACAAAACAGGAACUCUCACUCAAAAUGAGAUGGAGAUGAAAAAAUUACACUUGGGCACAGUUUGUUACGCGGGUGAUACCUUAGACAUCGUACGUGAGUAUGUGGAAAAAAAUCUUUUGUCCGAUUCUGGAUCGGGUAUGACAAAACGGAGGGAUCUUAGUGCGAAAGUCGCUGAUUUGGCCUUGGUUUUGGCAUUGUGCCAUAAUGUUACUCCUACCGAAGAGGAUGGCGUUUCCUUUUAUCAAGCAGCCUCCCCAGACGAGGUCGCAAUAGUGAAAUUUUGUGAGAGUAUCGGCCUUAAGUUACUCAAAAGAGAUAGAACCUCUGUCACUAUCCUCCACUUGGCCACCCGCAGUGAACUAGUGUAUGAUAUUCUUUACAAUUUUCCAUUCAAUUCUGACACCAAAAGAAUGGGAAUCGUUGUUAAAGAUAGAUCAAAAGAAGAUGUUUAUUUUAUGGAGAAAGGUGCUGAUACUGUUAUGGCUCGCAUUGUCAAUUACUCCGACUGGUUGGAGGAGGAAACCUCCAACAUGGCGAGAGAAGGUUUGAGAACAUUGGUCAUUGGUCGCAAGAAGUUAAGUGCCUCCUUGUUUCAAAACUUUGCCAAAGAUUUUGAGGAAGCUUCCUUGGCCAUGAACAAUAGAGAAAUCGCGAUGCAGAAGGUCAUUUCUCAAUACCUUGAAACAGACGUAGAAUUAAUGGGUCUUACUGGAGUUGAAGACAAGUUGCAAGCCAACGUCAAGUCUUCUAUCGAACUUUUACGUAAUGCGGGCAUAAAAAUUUGGAUGCUUACUGGUGACAAAGUCGAAACAGCCAAAUGUGUUGCCAUUAGCGCCAAAUUGAUUUCACGUGGUCAAUUCGUCCAUCAGAUCACCAAAGUCACCCAUCCCGACAUGGCACUCAACCAAUUGGAUCAGUUACAAAACAAUCCAAACUCAGUUUUGCUCAUAGACGGUGAAUCCAUUGCUAUUUUUAUGAAACAUUUUCCGCUGGAAUUCUUCGGUGUUUGUUUGAGGCUACCAGCAGUUGUCGCUUGUCGUUGCACUCCUCAACAAAAGGCUGAUAUUGCUGUUGCAAUCAAACACUUCACGGGAAAGAGAGUAUGUUGCAUUGGAGAUGGUGGAAAUGAUGUUAGCAUGAUUCAGUGUGCUGAUGUUGGAGUUGGUAUCGUGGGUAAAGAAGGAAAGCAAGCAUCACUCGCCGCUGACUUCAGCAUUGAGCAAUUCUAUUUUCUUCUGAAACUUUUACUUUGGCAUGGCCGCAAUUCGUACAAACGAUCAGCAAAGUUGGCCCAGUUCAUUGUUCAUCGUGGAUUGAUAAUUUCAGUUGCUCAAGCCAUCUAUUCAAUCUCAUCUCUGUUUGAACCCCUUGCGCUCUAUCAAGGUUGGAUUAUGGUAGGUUACAGUACGUUGUACACUAUGGCGCCAGUUUUUUCAUUGACUCUUGAUCGUGAUAUUGAUGAAAAACUCACAAAGUUAUAUCCUGAGUUGUACAAGGAGCUUACGUUGGGCAAAUCCCUUUCCUACAAGACAUUCUUCAUGUGGGUAGUCAUCUCAUUGUUCCAAGGUAGUGUGAUUCAGUUAUUAGCUCAGAGCUUCCAGGGCUUAAAUCCCGCCAAUUUUCUUGCCUUGGUAAGUUUAUCUUUCACUGCUCUUGUAUUGAAUGAGCUAGUCAUGGUGGCUCUCACUGUGAACACUUGGAAUCGAGUUAUGGUUGGAACGAUUGUUAUCACGUUUAGCAUCUACGUUCUUCUGGUUCCGUUCCUCACCGAUUACUUUGAUCUUGACUAUAUAACAUCCGUCUCUUUUGCUUGGCAGUUGCUUUUGUCUCUUGCCUUGAGUCUAUUCCCAGUUUGGCUCGCACAUGCAAUCAACAGAAAAAUAAGGCCUCCUUCUUACGCAAAAGUACAACAGCUUUAG